UAAUGUUUAUGCAGCCUAGACAAACUCCGAGAAGCCCAUCCCGACCUCCCAGUGACCUCUCCUCUCAACCUGGCCUCUGUCCCAUCCCAUAACAUUUGGGCUACUGCGAAGAGUGGUGCUUCCGACCGCGGACAGGCGAGAUACUUCGUUGUGCAUUGCUCUCAAUGGAUGGGCGAGCAAGAUCCUCUUUAAGAGACAGUCCGUGAAACAGAAACACACACACAUCACACAGCACGGGACGCGCAAGUAAGUGGGCGAUCCUUCGAUCUCACUAUCACGCGCUGGGGGAAGAAAAGAGACAAGUUUAAUCGUCGCGCGCUCUGUCAUGGGAUACCUGGGAGCUUUGAAACUUGCAGAGAAGAGCGGACGAGUUCGCUCACGAGCUGAAGUUGGACCAAGUUGUUGUUCCGAGGGAUUUUGGUGUCUAAAUGAUAUGUGAGAAAGUGCGCGGAGCAAACGUCUGGUACUUUAUGUGGAAGGGAGAUACAACACCGUGAUAGCCUUCGUAGUUUUUCCAACAAUGGUAUUCUCAAGAACACUGGGCACGAGUACACAUGGACCAGAACUAAAGCGUGAUUACAUUUUCAUUUAUUUGUGAACGUUUCAAAUGUUCGUAGACCAACUAAGCGGACUAAAAAUCAAAUAAAAAUCCAUCAAAACUUAAUAGAGGUUUUCGGAUCGCAUCUUCCGUGUGGUGCAAGGGAGUUUCUACGAUCUUGGACGGGUUGGGCCGUGUCAAGUUCUGCGUGGAUGCUAGCGAGCCUCGAGUGGGGAGCUGGCUGAAGCACGUCCAGUUCUCUCCUGUCACCCAGCAGCCCAACCUGAACGCCUGUCAGGUAGAUGACCAGAUCUUUUACACGGCAAUCAGAGAGAUCCACCCAGGAGAAGAGUUACUGCUGUUCAUGAAGGCAGAGGACUAUCUAUGUGACAACAUGGCCCCUGACAUAGACGAGGAGAGGCAGUACCAGUGUGAAGAUUGCGAGCAGCACUUUGACUCUCAGUCGGAGCUGCAGGAGCACCAGAAGAGCCCGUGUGGCACGCCUCCCUCCUCCUUCCUGCAGGGGGACAGCGACCUGGAUGCCCCUGAGGACCAGGACUACCCCAGCCUGGCCCACGGCCUGCAGGAAUGCAAGGAGUGCGAGCAGGUGUUCCCCGACUCCCAGAGCCUGGAAGCUCAUGCUCUGUCACACUCAGAAGAGAGGGAGUACAAGUGUGACCAGUGUCCCAAGGCCUUUAACUGGAAAUCCAACCUGAUUCGUCAUCAGAUGUCACAUGACAGCGGCAAACACUACGAAUGUGAGAACUGCUCCAAGCAGGUGUUCACUGACCCCAGCAACCUGCAGAGGCACAUCCGCUCGCAGCAUGUUGGGGCGCGGGCCCACGCCUGCCCCGACUGUGGCAAGACCUUCGCCACGUCCUCGGGCCUCAAGCAGCACAAGCACAUCCACAGCAGCGUCAAGCCCUUCAUAUGUAAGUCACUAAGACCCUUCAUAUGUGAGGUGUGCCACAAGUCCUACACCCAGUUCUCCAACCUGUGCCGCCACAAGCGCAUGCACGCAGACUGCCGCACUCAGAUCAAGUGCAAGGACUGCGGCCAGAUGUUCAGCACCACCUCUUCCCUCAACAAGCACCGCCGCUUCUGCGAGGGCAAGAAUCAUUUCACAACAGGGGGGUUAUUCGCUCAGGGCAUGGCCCUACCUGGGGUUCCCGCCAUGGACAAGUCCAGUCUUGGAGCCAUGGGCCACACCAGCGCUGGGCUGGCUGACUACUUUGGGGCCAACAGGCAUCACAGCGGCCUGACCUUUCCGGCUGCGCCUGCCUUUCCUUUCAGCUUCCCUGGUCUGUUUCCCUCUGGACUGUACCACAGACCCCCUCUGAUCCCUGCCAGCUCCCCGCUCAGACGAGCCCCAGGUCCAGGCAGUAAGAGCCCGCUGCUGCCCCCCAGCCCUGGUGCUCACGAGGCCCGCGAGAUGCUCAAGGCGCUGCACAAGGAGUCACCUGUCAGUGACUCGCAGGGGGCGGAGCGUCAUGCUCAGAGCUCCUCCAAUCAGAGGCACGGCAACAAGAUCAGUGACCAAUCAGAGAGCAGCGACCUAGAUGACGUCAGCACUCCCAGUGGCAGCGACCUGGAGAGCUCGUCUGGGUCUGAGCUGGACAGUGACAUGGAGAGUGAGAAGGAGAGGGUCAGGGAGAAUGGCAAGGGCUCCAAGAGAAAGGCUGUUGACCCCCAAUGCCCCAGCCUCACAGUCAGCAGUGGGCCUCAGGAUGUCCCUGCCCCCGCCCUGUUCCCCCCCUCCCUGGAUGAACACACAGCUGUGUCCGGGGCUGUGAAUGACUCCAUUAAGGCCAUUGCCUCGAUUGCUGAGAAGUACUUUGGCUCCACCGGGCUGGCGGGCCUGCAGGACAAGAAGGUGGGGGCUCUGUCGUACCCGUCCAUGUUCCCCCUGCCCUUCUUCCCUGCAUUCUCCCCUCCGGUCUACCACUUCCCUGACAGGGAACUCAGACCUCCCAUCCUCAAGGGGGAGCCCAAGUCCCCUGUAGACGAAGCCAAGAAGGGCCAGAGCAGGACCUCUGAGUCGCCCUUCGACCUCACCACCAAGCGGAAGGAAGAGAAGCCCCUGUUCACCCCCUCCAAACCCGAGGCGCCGCCCUCCACCAAUCAGGACCAGCCCCUGGACCUGAGCAUGGGCGCCAGGGUCCGUGGGAGCAGGAAAGAGGUGUCGGAGAAGAGCGGCCUGUUUGGAGACGACAAGUCGGGGGUGGAGCUGCCCAAAGCGGACGCUUCUCUCCAGCACGCUAGGCCCACUCCCUUCUUCAUGGACCCUAUUUACAGCAGGGUUGAGAAGAGGAAGAUGACAGACCCGUUUGAGGCUCUGAAAGACAAGUACAUGCGUCCCAACCCGGGAUUCCUGUUUCAUCCUCAGUUCCGUAUGCCAGACCAGAGGACCUGGAUGUCAGCCAUUGAGAACAUGGCUGAGAAGCUGGAGACGUUUGGUUCCCUGAAGCCAGAGUCAGGUGACCUCCUGCGCUCGGUCCCCUCCAUGUUUGACUUCAGAGCUCCGACGAACGCCCUCCCGGAAACGUUGCUGCGCAAGGGCAAGGAGCGCUACACCUGCAGGUACUGUGGCAAAAUAUUCCCUCGCUCCGCCAACUUGACCCGCCAUCUCCGGACACACACAGGAGAGCAGCCAUACAGGUGUAAAUACUGUGACCGCUCCUUCAGCAUCUCCUCCAACCUGCAACGACACAUCCGCAACAUCCACAACAAGGAGAAGCCCUUCAAGUGUCACCUGUGUGACCGCUGUUUUGGCCAGCAGACCAACCUGGACCGCCACCUGAAGAAGCACGAGAACGGUAACGUCUCAGGCACCGCUAUGUCCUCCCCUCGCUCUGAGCUGGACAGUAGCAGUGCUAUACUAGACGACAAGGAAGACUCCUACUUCAAUGAAAUACGAAACUUUAUCGGCAAUACAGGCCAGAGACAGGCAUCUCCUGACCAUUCUGAGGAAGGGUUGAAUGGGCAGGAGAAGCCCCUCCAGGCUACCCGGGGGUCCCGCGACCCAGAGGAUGGGGAGGAGCUUGUUGGCCCCGACGAUGAGGAAGACGAGGAGCACAGUGAUUCUGCCGGGAAACCGGGAGAUGAAACACUUCCCUGUAACCAUGACGAUGACGACGUUGUGCAAGACGACAUCGACUUCGAGGGAGCGGAUGAUGUGGACCUGAGCUGCAAACCGUCUCCACGGAGCAGGUAUGAGGAGGAUGAUCAGAGUGGAUACUCAGCGCUCGAUCACAUCCGCCAGCUCUCUGACAUGCAUAAGAUGGAGGAGAGCGAGUUCAGUGAUGGUGACGCAGCCUCCUUCAGCUCCUCUAGUCUGGUGGAGACCAUCAAACAGCCCCUGUACAGGAAGUCCAAGUCCCAGGCCUAUGCCAUGAUGCUCUCCCUGGCUGACAAGGAUGCGCUCCACCCGGCCUCUCACUCCCCCGCCAGCAUGUGGCACAGCCUAGCCCGUGCUGCCGCUGAGUCCAGCGCCAUCCAGUCCCUCAGCCAUGUAUGAUAGCCCCCCUCUGACCCCGACCUAUGGCACUGGGAGCCCCCUGGGCCGGCGGCAAGGUCUGUGGAGCCUGGCUCAUCAGAGACUGCUGAGCAGAACGCCUCUGGCAGGGUCGCCCCAGACCCGCGCCGCCCAAACAGCCCACCACCGCUACAUCCGGUUACCCUCGUUAAUAUUGACAAUGAUGAUAGUGAUGAUAAUAAUGACAAUAAUAAUGCUGAAUAAUAAUAGCUGUAUUUAUUCCGUUUGAGUUUCUAUGUUUUGCACAGCAAAGGCAGCUGUUGGACAGGGGGGAUGGAGGUUAACCACAUGCUUACGUGUCUGAAGCGUCUGUUAUCCAAUAGGAAGAGCCGAGCCCACUAGACGUGUGUUAGGGUUGUAUUUGAACACCUAAUUCAGAGUGCCCCACCGUUUCCUUAACCUUGCCCCCUCCUCAUCGUGACCUCCCGGAGCCCCCCGGAGAAGCAAAGCUGGCCCUAGAGAUAGUAUACUUUGCGAAGAUGUUUGGAAAGGUGGGGUUGAAUUGCAGACGGUUUUUCACAUGAAAGUCUCUCCUGAGUUUCAGACACAAGGGCAUUCACUACAUCACCACGGUUACAGUCUCUAAAGAUCUAAAAGAAAGGAAAUAGUUUAAAAAACAGUGACCAGACCAGCCUUCUACAUUGCCUGUUAUUUUGCCGAGGUGCUUGUGUCUGCACAAUCCAAGCACUGCACACAAGACUGUCAACUGCUCUCCAUCCUGCCCACCUGUGCAUCUGUGAAAAGAUAUAAAUAGAUUGUCUUUUUAGUGGAAGAAAACCACGUUUUUUUUACUGAGUAGCAAGUACUGAGAUGUAUUGUCGUUCUUUAAACCCCCACAAAGCCUCUCCCUCUUUAGCCCAAACUCACAGUAGUCAGCCGAUCAUACCACUACAUAGCCUAAAUGGUAGUUGUUAGCGACUCGAUCUUUGUGUGUCUUUCUUUUUUUUUUAGACAAUCAUGAUUCUUUUUUUUUUUUUUUGUCAUUUAUGUCGGUGUUGUUGUUGUUGCUGUUGUACGUUGAGAAUUGUAUUUAUUUCUUGGCAAACUGUAGUUUGUUUACUGAAUAGUACUGCUCUCCCCUCUGUACAGAGGACUUCCACGGAGCUCGAUCCAGAGUUCUGUGGGGUUUGUAGAAUAUGUCUGAGUGCCGGAUAGUAUUAAACACCAUUCUCUCUUAUUCUUCUAAUGAAACAGGUCCAUGCAUAGAUAUUAACUCGUUUUUUGUAUGAAAAUGAACUGAUUCAAAUGUAAGAAAAUGAAAAAUCCUUAUAAAGAAUGAUCAAAUAAAAAUGGCAUCAUUUCUUCAUUAAAGCAUGAUUGGUCUGAUUAGAUCUAUGUCUGACGUUUUUUACGGUUGUCUGCAAGCUUGUGUGAUGUUGAGUCCAUGUUAAUCCCUUGUGCCAGACCUAUAAGAAAUAACAGAUUAUAUACGUUGAUCCAUUUUGAGGGACCAGAUUGUUGUUUUUUGUCGUCGUUGUUUUGUUUAUAAUCCGUUUUAAAAAGUAAUCAGCAAGUUGAGGUACUUUGUUUAUGCUUUCUACAAUGUAACUGUAAUGCAUUUCAAUUCAAUACUGUGGGAGGAGCAACUAAGAAAUAAAGGACUACAAAGUAC